AUGAAUAACUAUGGUUUUAAACGUGUUAAAAAUCAUUAAGGGAAGUAUGAAUUUAAAAGUCCAUUCUUCUAGAAAAAUAAUAAGUAUUCCUUUUAUUGAUAUGGCACAUAGAAAUUUGAUUCAUUUGGUUAUGAAAAAGAAACAAGAAAAAAUAUAAAUAGUUUCACAAUUCUUAGCAUUAAAAUCAGAAUUAAACUCAUUUUCAAAAGAAUUAGACUAAUUUAAUUUUUUCACCUCUUCUGUAUUUCAUUAAAUUAUUUAAGUAUUAAUAAAGCUAAUCUAUUUUAACAGAAUCUUAAAAUAAAGCAAAAUUAGAAAUGAUUUCUAUUUCAUAAAAGAACCUUGAAUUGGAAUAAAUGUUAAAUGCUUUAAUUAAUGAAAAAAAAAUUGUAUUGAAUUGA